UUGGGUCUUGUCUCUGUUUAAUUACUCAUAUAUCUUUUCAUUCUUACAACGCACCCUAUUAUUGAAUCCUCAAAUUCCCAAUCAUUUUCAAGAGUUUGUAAAAUGAGCGAACCGAUGUCUACUCCAGCCGCCGCUCCUCCGCCACAAGACGCCGUGGCUCCACCGACUAAUCGAAGGCCUAGAGUGCGAGAAGUCAGCUCUAGAUUUAUGAACGCGACUCCUGUACCAAGCGGCGAACAUCCUGCAUUACAACAGCAGCCUCACAAGACACCGAAACACAGCGUUUCGACGCCAAUGCCAGCGCAAAAGAUGCAGCGAUCGAAGACGGAUAAUCCACACCAUCAGGAGACGCUGAUUCGGAGAAGCUACUCGGAUUCACCUUUUACAUUGCAUAAUUACAAUAAAGUUCCGCCUCCGAGGCCUCGUGGUGCUUCGACUAGAUUAGUGUUUAAGGAGAAUAAAGGAGUGAGAUCUGAAGGAAGUGAUAAUGAUGAUUGUGAUGCUGUUCCGCAAUUGAGGAUGGUGAGAUCGUCGUCUUCGAGGCCGGAUACUCCAGCUACUCAGAGAAUUGUGCCUUCGCGGUUUAGGCAAAGUGGUAACACCAAUUUGAUGCACGCUUCUGCGGCUGCAAAGUUGCUGCAAUCGAGUGGAUUGUCGUUUUCAUCGGCGCCUCAGGAGCAUUUAGGGGAUGCUAAAGCUACUGAAGAUGAUGAGGAUGGAUGUACUUCGAAGUCGUGCCCUAAUUCUCCGCUUCCCAUUCAGAACAACAGUUUGCAGUGGAAUUCAGAUGUGCGUUCUUCGAUGCCAGAGAGGACUUGUUUUGGCUCCACUAAUGGCGGUGAAUCUCAAUUGAGUUCGAAGCUCUCUUCGGCCUCCCCAUGCUCUCGAUCACUCAAUUUGCUGAAUUCUUCUGUUAAGGCCAUGGGGUUCAAUCUCUCUUUGCCGCCUCCUCAUCCUAUGCCUCUCACGAAACAAGGAGAUGUUGCAAGGAAGGGGAGAAAGCUAUCGAAUCGUGAAGAGCAAGUGCAUUCCUUGAAAAUGCUUCAUAACCAUUACUUGCAGUGGAUCUUUGUAAAUGCUAAAUCGCAAGCCUCUUUUCAUGCUCAAACAAGGGACGCAGAGGGAAAGCUUUACUCUCUUGGAGCCAAAAUAUCAGAUUUGUCCGCUGUUGUGAGAAGGAAACGGAUGGAACUUGAGUACUUGAAAAGAAUAAAGACUCUAACCACCAUAGUCGAAAAUCAAAUCCCGUACUUGGAUGAAUGGUCUGCUUUGGAGGAGGAGCACUCUAGUUCUUUGUCAGGGACAUCUCAAGCUCUAAUCAACUCAGUGGUUCGUCUUCCGCUAGGUGGAAAUGUUCAGGCUGAUACGAAAGAAGUAGGGGAAGCUUUAACUUCUGCUAUGAAGGUUAUGGAAACGAUAUAUGUGCAAGUUCAAAAAUUCCUCCCCAAGGCCAGUGAAAUGGAUACUUUGAGCUCAGAGUUGGCCAGAUCAGUAGCUGGAGAAAGAGUUCUUAUUGACGAAUGUGGAGAUCUUUUGUUGAAGACAUAUACAUCACAGGUGGAAGAUUGUAGUUUAAGAGGACAUUUGAUGCAAUUAAAGAAGAGCAACUUGAUACUACAGUAAUUUAUGCACCAAUGUACAGCAGGCAAUUUGGGGAUGACACCAUCAAAGAGUUGACAUAAUAAUUGCAGAAACGAGAGUCUCUUGCUGAAUAAUCAGAUAUAGAAUAGAUUAUCUUGUUGAUACCCUCUAAAAAUGUGUGACCAAUUUUGGUUCCCAUAGCAAGAGUCAGAUUAUAUGGCCUUAUGCGCAUACCUGAUCUUUAUAAUGGAUUUGUAAUGCUUUGUUGUACAAUCAUGGGGUAGGCAUACUACAAUUCAACUGGGGCGCUAAAAUCCGACAAAACUUGAAAUCCGACUUAGAAAAAUAUAAAUUAAAGUUGUUGA